AUGGACUAUUCUCUGUGCUCCCACACGGCAAGCGCCGAACCAGAAACCAAGCCAAAGAAGGCUGUGAGGAGGAGAACUGGGAAGAACCUGAAUGACGGGAGCACUGGCAGCUGGUCUACAGACACUGAAGAUCCUGCUUGUACCAACGUGAAGAAGAACGUGAAGGCAAGGAAGCCCAAAAGACGCAAGAGCCAAUCCCAUCAGACAAAAGACAUCAAGGACACUGCCAAUGAGAGAGAGGACAGCAAGGCUCCAGCAAAUCACAGAGAUGACAGCAUGGCCCUGGUUAAUGAGAGAGAAGACAGCAAGGGGUCAGGGUUCACAGGUGAGUGCGAGGACCUAUCUCUGUCUGGCCCAGAGACCAGAACACACCAGAAAAAGACCAGACAAGUUAAGAAGACCCCAGAGAAAGACAAAGACAAUGCCAAGACCCCACAAAAAGAGUCCAAUAACAGAGUCAACAUCCCUGAUUCAUUGCAGGAUGAGGAAGCUCUGAGUAAGCAGAACGGGAAGAAAAAUAAGGAUUUGGGAUCAAAUGGGAAAAGCAGAAAUGGGGAAAGACUGAAGGACUUCUAUGAAGAAUGUAUGGAAAUGAGCACUGGGCUGGACCUGAGCCCAAACAAACAGCACUGGUUCAAGGCAAACAUACUGGAAAGGCGGCGUCUGGAGAAGAAGUUGUCAUCUUGUCCCAACCCCUCGGGCUCAGAUGUGGAGCUAAGUGAGGAGAGUGACAGUGCUCUGCACCCUGACAGGCAGUCAGGGGACCAGGACCGAGCUGUACUCAACUCGAGUCAAACACACAUCUCAACGAUAGAACAAGAUCUACAGGCCCAGCUGGAUGUGAUGAUGCAGGUGUUGAACACGUCUGACGAGGUGGAGCAGCUGGUGCUGAGGAACACUGGCUUGACAGACGCACACCUACUGAGCCUGGCCGCAGCCCUGAAGAGGAGCGCCUCCGAGGUCACAUUCCUCAAUCUCAACCUCAACCACCUCGGACCCCAAGGGGCCCACAUCCUCCUGGACCUACUGGGGGCCAAGCCCCAGGUCAAAGGACUGCUCUUGUUUGGAAACCAACUGGGAGACCCUGGAGUUCUGACACUACUUAGUGGACUGGCUCAACUCCAGGAGAUAACAACGAGACACCCAACAUCACUACCAUGGAUUGAAGAUCCCCAGGUCCAGGGCCAGAACCCGUUAACACACUCAGUUGUCCCCCUCCCUCCAACCACAAGGGGCACUCUCUACCCCUUUUCACUGUUGGAGCUGGACAUAGGAGGAAACGGGCUGAGCAGCAAUGGCCUGAGGAUGUUGACAUCCUACAUGAGACUCCACUCAAGACUGCAGUACCUGGGGCUGGCCCGGACCACUGGUGCGGACCUAGAGGCAUGGCGGGAGCUGUUUGACUCUCUGAAGGGAAACGUGACCCUCAGCCAUAUUAUCCUGGAUGAGAGUAACCUAGGAGACCAGGGAGCCAGGCUAUUCGCUGACACGCUGAGAGCCAAUCAGAGCCUGAGGCAGGUGGAUCUGGACAGUAAUGGGAUUGGUGAGGUGGGAGGAAGUGAAAUCAUAGAGGCGCUGCUUUGUAGGACACAGUUUCCGCUGAGACACCUGAGUCUGGAGGGGAAUGGUAUCAGCACCGGACUAAUGGGUAGAAUUCAACAGGAAGUGAGAUUUAACUGA